CAUUCGUACCGUUGCACGCAAGACGUACCAUCCAAAAUGUACCAUUGCACGGCUUAGGCAGAUGACGUCACAAUACGAUAAUAAAUGCGCGAAUACUCGUGCUACGUAAUGACAAAAAUUAGGUAUGCGAGUAAGCAUGCGCAUUGCUACUAGCAACUAGCUUUUUACGAUCUAGAUCACAUUCACAGUGAGUGUAGCUCGUUAACGUUGCGGACAGGGCUAGGCCUAGGUCUAGGAUCUUAAUCUAACUUUUUGAGUAUUUAUUUGGAUUUUCCAAUCGGAUUACCAUGGCGGCACCUACAUUUGCACUGUUAACCGAUCUAGAAUUGGAGGAGCUUGUCUCUGAUGCGGAUGCAAAAAACACAAAACGCGGUAUCAAGUUUGCAAAAUGUCGACUGGAAGAAUUUGCCAAAUGUGCUUCUACCUCGCUCGAGGACGUGGAAAAACUAUCCAAGGAUGAGUUAGACAAGUUUCUUUGCCGCUUCUAUGCCGGUCUGAGAAAGGAAGAUGGCACAUUUUAUGCCAAAAAGACAAUGCAUGCCAUUAGAUUUGGCGUUUGUCGUCAUUUCAAAUCUGUGAGAGGUGUGGAUAUUUCAGACGCAGCAAAUUUCCCAGAAAGUCAGAAAAUGUACAAGGCCAUGAUGAUAAAGCUGAAAAAAGAGGGCAAAGGAUAUGUUCAACACAAAACUGCCAUAUCUGAUAAUGACAUGGCAAAAAUAGCUCAAUCAGAUGCAGUGGAUACAAACACACCACUUGGACUACAAAACAAAGUGUUUCUUGAUGUCAUGACAUAUUUCGGACAAAGAGGUCGUGAAAAUCUUCAUCUCAUGAAAUUUGAUGAUUAUGUCUUGCAAAAAGACGAAGAUGGAGUUCGAUAUUUUGAGCAUCGCGACACGCUAACGAAGUCAAGACGAGAAAAUGAAGAUGAAAAGUUUGGUGGACGAAUGUAUGAGGUGCAAGGAUCUGAAAGAUGUCCAGUAUUCUCAUUGAUGAAAUAUAUAACUUUGCUGAAUCCCGAAUUGACAAACUUCUGGCAAAGGCCAAAGUCCAAGACCCCAGAAAAUGGACCCUGGUAUGACAAAGCACCUCUCGGACUAAACAGCUUAGGAAACAAAAUGAAAAACAUCGCAAAGAGUGCUGGAUGCACAGCUCACUACACCAACCAUAGCCUGCGGGCGACUACAGUGACCAUUCUCGAUCAAGCAGGCAUUGCUUCCCGAGAUAUCAUGGAAGUAACUGGACACAGAUCAGAGUCCUCUCUAAAAAACUAUGUAAAAACAAGCAAGAAGAAGAAGAGAGAAAUGAGUGCCCAAAUCGCAUCUUCAUUGCAAGAAGAAGAUAAAUUAGAACAAGGAGUCUCAGGACCACGCCUAACUCCAAGCAACAGAUCUAACAUAGGCCUAGACCUAUCUAACGUUAGAUCCAGAUCUAGACCUGUACCACACACUUCAACUUGUCCCACUGACACUGGUCCGGGAUCUUGUCUUGUCUCCAGUCAGACACAAAGUAGAAAUGGAACUCCUAUCUAUAGACCUAAAUCUAGACCUGCUAAUAGUAAUGCAACACUCGAUGCUGAGAGUCUUGAGAUUGCUGGAAUUGACGAACCCAUCCUGUCUCUCUCCCAGGAACAAUUGAUAUUUCAGGAUAAUUUGAAUAUCCACCAAAAUACAUCGUCAUCGAAUACCGUGCAACAUUUUCAUUUUCACGGGCCUGUUACUUUCUACAACAAAUAGACUAGGACCUAUAGCCUCGACCCUUUGUUAGACAUUUCUAGACCUAGGCCUAGCCCUAUCACAAUUCACUGAACUCAGAAUUAGAUUGCUGUAGAUCUAGUCGUGAACUUAUUUGACAGUGUACCGUACGGUACGUGAACUCAGUCUGAGAAAAGUAACAUUUUUAUUUUUAAGCUUGAAAAUUGUAAAUAUGUUGACAACAAGUCGGAGUUGGAUUUUUAAAAACUGUUUGAAACUACUGUUUGUAUCCAUGUUUAAUUGGAACUAGUUUACUGUUUGGAUUUAAUGUUGGUGUUGGACUUGUUUUUUGGAACCAAAGAGGUGGAUUUCAUGUUGGACCUAAAAUCAGUGGAGCUAAACUGUGUGGAUUUCAUGUUGGACCCAAAAUCCGUGUUCGGAAGCUGUGCCUUUGUGGAUUUCAUGUUGGACCCCAAAUCCAUGUUUGAUUGAUUGCUCUGCUGUUUUUCUGUUGUGUUGUGGACACUUGCACAGUUCCAUCAACGGUAAGUUGAUUAUCAUAUAACGCUCAGCAUUAUAUUCUAACGAUAGAUCUAGACCUUGCGUUAGAACUAUAUAUCUAUUAAGCCUUGAGCUAGUUUAGAUCUCGAUCCCCUACUCUAGGCUAGCAGGCCUAAUUUUGUUCGGUCAAGCCUAGAUCUCAUAACUUUAUCUUUUGUGACGUCAUAAUUGCCGGUAAACGCGUACUGAUUAAAUGCGCGAUGUUGGCUGCUUCAAGUGCGCAACGCUAGCCAGCGGCUAAAAAAUUGUGUUAAUUAUUGUCUGCAUUAAAAUUUCCAUCAUUUUAAUUUGAUAUAUGAAAAAAAAAAUUAUAUUAUCACAUUUUCGCUGACUUCCGAGGCGUUGUACAA